CCUGCAGGCCUGAUUUUGGAUGCCCGCGGGCCGUAGUUUGGGGACCCCUGGUAUAAUGCAAAGCACUUUGUGUACCGUGCAGGUAUAGGAAAGCGCUGUAUAAAUAAAGACCAUUUUCCAUUUGAAUUAAAAUGUGUAUUCUAAAAAGCCUAAUGUAGGUCACAAGUGUUUCUCGGUUGUGUGUUUGUGGUCGUCCCUUCUCGGGGUGGGAGGGUUUUUAGAGAGGAUGUAUAUGUAAAUGUUUUCAGUGUGGAAACAUGAAGCUUCUUGUGAGCUGCCUGCUUCUCGCCCUCCACUGUGCGCCUUCAUCAUGGGGUUCCAAGAUGCAUGUGACCCAGAGUGCCGACAUCCGCGUCACGGAGGGCCAAGAUGUCAACAUCACCUGCUACUGGACAGGAAACGUCUCCAGAGUUCGGGUAACGUGGCAGAAAAACAACACCACAAUCCGCUCCUAUUACGUCCAGCAGGAUACAAAGACCACCUUUAUCAUCCACAACAUAACAAGAGAGGAGUCUGGGAAAUAUGUAUGCCUGGUCUCUGUGGACAUACCGGUGCUUAGUGUGUGGACUGGGAAUGGUACGCGUGUCACAGUCGAAAACCAAGAGCCCAACUACAGAGGAGGAAGCGGAGAGACUCCCUGGGUGAUUUCCUUGGCCUUGGUGACUUCAUUGGUCCUCGUCAUGAUUGUUGUUUUCAAACUGAAGCAAAGACAAGAAGCCAGGGUGAUCUACGAGGUACCACACUCCGAUUCAGAUUCCGCCAACAUGGACAAACGCAACAGCGGCUCCUCCGGAGGCUCGUCCCAGUGGUGUCAGGUGGACGUGUACGAAUCCGUCGAUUACUUUGAGCGCGUGGAAAUGAAGCAAAGCGGGUGAGGACAAGUAAUGUCGUUUAUAAAGCCAUGUACGGAAUGCUUUGCUUCACCUUUGACGCAUGUAUCAUAUCAUCCUGUUAUGCUGUGUAAACAUGUUUUGUCUAUUCAAAAGGAAAAAAAAAAAAAAGAUGGUAUCAGCUGUGAGCAUUUCUGUAUCGCCGAGUGGAAACUGUGUGUCAUUGUGGCCGCGAAUGACGGGUCAAUGACAGGAUGUACAAACUGUUUGUGACAUUUCAAGUUGUUGCUCUUCUGCACCUUUUUAAACCGUCUUAAAGGAGCAGGCGGGGUCCAAAUAAAUUGCGUGACUUACCUGCGUGCAUUUAUAGUUCAUAGGGGGGCGCAAAUUUCUUAUUUAAUUAAUCUACAUUAAUUCAUCAUUUUUAGGAAUCUAAAAAGGGAUCAUACCUAAGGAGCCAAAACACUGCCAGUAAGAUUUAGUCUAGAAAAAAAAUUGACUGAGCAGAAAAAGUUGUAUUGAUUGACAAAUAAUCAUCCAUCCAUCCAUCCAUUUUCUACCGCUUAUUCCCUUUGGGGUCGCGGGGGGCGCUGGAGACUAUCUCAGCUACAAUCGGGCGGAAGGCGGGGUACACCCUGGACAAGUCGCCACCUCAUCGCAGGGCCAACACAGAUAAGACAGACAACAUUCACACUCACAUUCACACACUAGGGCCAAUUUAGUGUUGCCAAUCAACUUAUCCCCAGGUGCAUGUCUUUGGAGGUGGGAGGAAGCCGGAGUACCCGGAGGGAACCCACGCAGUCACGGGGAGAACAUGCAAACUCCACACAGAAAGAUCCCGAGCCCGGGAUUGAACCCAAGAUCAAGCUUUAUUGUAAGUAGACAUACAAUCACAUACAGUACAUAAAACAAACAAAAUACAGUAUAAAAGGCAUUAUCACUUACUAUUAAAAACAGUGCUUGGGCAUAUACAGUAAAAGGCAUCUAAUAAAUAAAUAAAAGCAGCAUUAAAAAAAUGUAUGUAAAUAUAUAUAUAUGCAUAUACUUAAAAAUGCGUCUACACGUUCUAUAAAAGGCACAUAAAUAAAUACAGACAUUGAAAAAAUAUAUAUUUUGAUGGAUAUUUUUUGGGUUUUUGAUGCCAAUAUUCAUAUUUGUACACGUUUUAUUGUUGUGUGUUUCGCAUUUUUCACAUUCACUUCUCUUCUUUUUUUUUUACGGUUUAAAAUGAAUGGCAGCGUUUUGACGUGGUGGGCGGGUGCCUGUGGGCGGGGCUUACAGCAAGUUUACCCGGAAGCCGUUUUUAGCAGGUAAAACACCGUAGAAGAAGAGCGUAGGAGCGAGGGGCGAGGAAUCAAGUAGAAGUUUUAUGGUGUUUUUGUGUUGACCUUGCAAUACUUUGAGGGUGUAGUAGAAGUGGUACAUAAAUACAUUAUGCAUUUUGAAAUUGUCCAUGUUUGUCUUGAUAGAGCCGUGAUAUUUGGUGAACAGUACUUUGUGGAGAGAAAAGAAGAACGACUUUAAAAUGUAAAUAUAGCUAGUUUUAUUCAUUUAAAACAAUUAACAGCGGACAUGUAAAGUAACGAGUAAAGUCACGAGUAACUUCAAUUUGUGUUAAAAUACGAGACUUUGACUAUCGUUAUGUUGAGCGAUCUCCGUGCGGUUCUUCAUCUUGACUUCAUGUUCGGAGCUAUUUUCAGCAUUUGGAAGUAAAGCCUUACAUCUUUUUCGUUCUAUUUUUAGACCUAAAUAUGUCUUGUUGUAUUGUACUGCCAAAUAUUAU